AUGCCUAGCGGACUGGACGAGCUUUGCGCAGAGUUCAGGGAAGCAAGGGAUGGGAGAGACUGUGUGUUCAAUGUGCUAGUCAACAUUGCUGAAUGCCGCGGCCUCUAUGGAUUGGCAAGCCACGGGUUCAACGAUUCCAAGGCUCGAGUGUAUGGGACGUGGGACCCUGAAGGGACAGAGGUGUCGAAGAUCCAUUCCAAGACGAGCACGCCAUUCUUCAACUUUGUCUGCAAGCUCUCAUAUGUUGGGCAGCCACACAGGUUCUUGUCCUCCUCGAUCGUCAUCGAGAUCCAGCAUGACCGCGGGCUCCUGCCUGCUAAGAUCAUAGGCGUGCUGCAGAUUGGUGUGCUGGACGUUUUCCACAGCUCUGGUCACAAGCUUCCGCUUCAAUGGUUUGCGAUCAAUGACAUAGCAUCUGAUGAGCCAGCCAUCCCCACAGGCUACAUCAGGAUGAACGUCAUCAUCAACAACAUGGAUGAGCCAGGGGCUGUUCAGGAUGAUGUGCCGGAGGAGGAGCGAUCUCGCUGCGAGCUGCUGGAGAUACCGAGGUUGCACAACUUCAUCACGGCAACGGGCGUGUACAACAUCAUCUUCAAGAUCUAUCAAGCGCGGAACCUGAGGAGGGUCGACGAUACCUGGGGCUCGGACCCUUUCAUCAAGAUCGUGAUCCCUACAGGAGAAAACCAGACAGACACAAAGGCUUCAGACCUCAACCCCGUCUGGAACCAGCAGCUGCAGAUUCCAGUGUACGAGCCAAUAUUCUGCGACCUCCUCGCCUUGCAGCUUUGGAACCAGAACAUUGCUGGGAACCACGUCGUCGCUGAGCACAUGUUCAGCUGGAAGGAUGUGUUCUCUAGGCAGGAAUACUACAAACAGCCCAGAUGGUUCGACCUGUUUGCGCUUCCCGACAAGGGCAUCAUGGAAAGAACGGCUGAAAAGGUUCAAUCGAUCACAAGAAAAGUUGGGGAGUUCGUGGGGAACCGCCAGUUCAAGAUGAUGGCGUCAAAGAUCUGCAGCGGGUUCGGCUCUGGGUCGUAUGAAGAGCCCUCUGUCUAUUGCGGCAGAGUUCUGCUCUCGAUUGAGAUUGAGGACAGGGAGGGGAGCAAAGCACAGCCGAGCUUGGCUCUUACGGAGAUGAAACCUAAGGACUGCAAGCUGUUCCAGGACGUGAAGCAGAAGGUUUUCUUCCGAUUUCAUGUCUUCCAUGGGCAGGGGUUGAACGUGCCAGCGGUGGGGAUGGGUCAGAACUGCUAUGCCCAGGUCGAGCUCGAGAUAGGAAGGAAAUCGUGCACUACCAAGGUCAAGUCAGAGCACAAGGGCCUGUUCGAAUGGUAUCAAGCGGUGGAGCUAGAGGACGAUAUCCCUUAUGAUGAUCAGCUCUGGCCCUGGCUGGACACGGACUAUGAGGAGGGUUACUUCCCUUCUGAACUGAUCGACGCUGCGUUCCCUCCUGUGUGGAUCAAGGUGUACCGCUGCUCAGGCUUGCUGGACACGAUCGGGGGAGCGAAGUUGACGAGGAAGCUGAUUGGCUUCAAAAAGCUCAGGCUGAGGGACCUGCUGGCGAUCGGGGAGAGGCCGGCGGCUCCCGUGGUGAACGCCAUGGGCAAACCGACGAUCAUGGAGCUGACGCAAGGGAACCAGAAGGCAAACGUGAUCUUGAACAAGAAGGACAGCUCGCUGCCCUCGUUCUACGUCGCUCCGUCCGAGGAGCUGCCGAAAGAGUGGAACCCCAGGGAGAGGAGCUACUUCAAGCCGACCUACACCAGCCCCCCCUGGCCCCACGGGGACAAGUUUGACGAUGGGAGGGGGAACAAUCACUCGAUGGACCCCUACAUCGGCAUGCAGUGCAUCAAGCUCGACCGAGAUGCUACGUGUGACCUUGAGCCUACGGACUUUGCUGGUUUCAUCUGGGUCAGCCUCAAGAUGUACGUCCCGUCCCGCACGAACUGCAGCAACGCGGUCAAGGGGCCUCCCAUCCUCAGCCCGUUCGUCAAGUUUAACGAGAUCUCGAUCCCCUCGCCGCAGCAGCUCAAGUGCGAGGAGAUCUUCUCCCUUAGAGCCCACAUCUCCCAAGCUAAAGAUCUCCCCUCCGCCAACACUGUGGGGAUGGCAAACGCGUUCGUGGAGGUCGUGUUCUGCGGCAAGAAGAUGCGGACGCAUACAGUGAACGGGUCGAACUCCCCGACAUGGGAUUGCACCCUCUCCGGGGCCAGCUUCAACGACUUCCUCCUCCCUAGUGUCGGCUGGCCGGGCUGCGAUGAUUUCGGGAGCGACCAGUACUACGAAGGGCUAUAUGAGAAGUACAACCCCAAGGACGACGACUGGCCGGAAGACGGCCUGCAGUAUUCCUACGGUAAUGAAGACUACGCGCUCAGAUGGUUGCGAAACUACAACAUGCUCCGAGCGGCUCCAAGGAUCGAGGUAAGGGUGCUCGAGAAGGUUGCGUCCAAGAACGUUCUCCUCGGGAGGUUCUUCGUGGCCCCCGAGCGCUGUUUUCACACCCACUGCGAUCCCUCCUGGUUCGAGCUGUUCAAGGGGAACCCGGAAAUAGAUGAGGGCAAGCUGUACGCGAGCUUUCAGAUCGUCCAUAGGGAUGACCCGCUCUUCAAAGUCAUCCCGGGCGAACUCGUCCCGCAACGAACCGACGAGUUCCACAACUCCAAGGGCAACAAGCAGUUUGUAGAGCCCAACGCCUGGAAGUGGGACCCUAACGACGGCGUCCCCAUCCCCUGGGAGUCCUUUCCCAUACCCUUUGCCUUCUUCAGCCGGACCAGGAUGCCCUGCAGGGGCUACAACCCUUUCCCCUGCCCCAUGAACCCCUACGUAGAGGCGGCGGAGGUGUUCAUGCGGGAAUGCAGGAUCCAGGUUCAGAUCCUGGGGCUGCGGAACAUGAGCGAGCAGCUCGGCCUGAGCUCCCCCUCCCUCGCCUUCUUCGUGCAAACCACAGACAGCUGGAACGGGGACCCAGCCGGGUUCAAGGUGACCAAGGAGUGCAGCCUGCCGAACCCCAACGAUGUCAACUUCAUGCAGCAGCUCGAGCUGGAGGUGCUGCUGCCGGAUGACCCGGAGUACGCGCCGGACCUGGAGUUCCUAGUGUUUGACUACCAGGGCUUCUUCGGGGGGAGGAAGAUCGUGUGCUGGGGCUCGGAGCCGCUCAGGCUCUUCUACCCGUGCGGGGUCAAGGAGGACAACGCGGACGACAACGACGACGACGAGGACGAGGCGGCGAGGCUGAGGAGGGAGAAAGUUGAGCGAAGGAAGAAGUUCGAGGAGCUGAUGGAGGAGCUGAUGAAGGCUGGCACGAUCCAGGCGAAGGAGGCGAAGAAGCUUCUGAAUCACUUCAAGAGCGGCAUGUCCAAGGACUUGGACCAUGCGUUCGACCUCUACCUCGCCGCUCCCUCGGAAGCUGCCUUCCUGGAGAGGACGGAAGAGUUCCUCCUGACGAGAGAGAUGAAGGACAUCGAGGCCAAGGAGAAGGCGCUGGAGAAGAAGAGGAAGAAGGAUGAGGAGCGGCAGCGGAAGGAGGAAGCGAAGGAAAAGGAGAGAGAGGAGAAGGAGGCGAAGAAGAAGAAGGCAGAGGAGGAGAAACAGAAGAAGCUAGAGCUGCUGCAGGAGAAGAAGGAAAAGCAGGCGGCGGAGAAGGCAGCGAAACUGGAAGCCAAGAAGGCAGAGAAGCUUGCGAAGCAGCUUGCGAAGGAGGCAGAGAGAAUGGAGAAGGAGGCCGCUGCUGCUUCCCUCACUAACUCGAGAAAGAAAGGGACAGAGGGCGACAAGGGAGGGGAUGCAGUGCAGACAAGCCCGGAGGAAGUCAGGAUGACGCUAACGACCGAUGUGAUGGAAGAAGGACGCGAGGUCAAGGUUGUGUUAGCAUCGGAUGACGACAAGGAAGGAGAGGGUGAGGACGGGGUGAACGAGGAGGGGGCGCUGGACGAAGCAGACGCUGUGGAGGAAGAAGCAGACGCAAACCCUGAGGGUGGAGAGCACUAUCAUGAGGAGGGGGGAGAGACGUAUGAGGAUGAGACUCCCAUGGCUGAGCAUGAGGAGCAGGCUGAGCUCCAGCAGGCAGAGGAGGAGCGACUUGCAGACGAGCUGCACCUGGGGGACAAGGGGCCGAGUGAUCAGCACGAAGAAGUCGGCGACAACCCCAACCAGGCCGUGUACGAAACGGCUGGAGGGGGAGGAGCGGGAGCGGGAGCAGGAGCAGGAGCAGGAGGAGGGGACGAAGUUGGAGAAGGGGACGAAGUUCUGGAUGUUGUUGACAUCUACUCUGCCAUCCGGCCAGAGGACGAUGAGGAGCCGGACAGGCAGGAAGUGAUCGACACUCCCGACGGGAAGCCCAACGCCGAGUGGCUGGUGUUCAGAAAGCACACCAAGUUCACGGAGCCGCUGGAGAAGACCAAGGAGUGGACGGACCUGUUCGAACCGAGCUUCGAGGAGGUGCCUCUGUUCCAGGGGAGGGUAAGGGACUACAAGAGGAGGAAUGCAGAGGCUGUGGGAGUGGUCAAGUGCAGGAUCAAGGUGUUCCGGAAGGAGAACGAGACGAAGGCGGGGAAGAGCGAGCUGAACCCGGAGCGAGAUCCCGAGUACUUUGAAGUUGUCAGCUCCGACCCCUCCAUCCCAGACGCCCUGGAGAAGUGCCGCCCUUACAAGCAGUACAACAUCUACGAGACGUUUGCGGAGGCGACGGUGGAGGUUCGGGUGUACUGCCUCAAGGCGUUCCAGGUGACGCCUGGCGGGUUCAUGAGGGAGGAGAACGGGGAGGGGAUGUGGCUGCAGUACCUGGAGGCUCGGCUAGGGGACAAGAAGCACGAGAGCGAUGUUGUUAAGUCGCUCAAUCCCAACUUCUUCCACGUCUUCCAGUUCGCCGACUGCGUGAUUCCCGGGCCCAGCCAGCUGGUGGUUCUGCCAAGAAUGGCGAGACGAGAAGUACAAGCCGAGAGAGAGCUUCCCGGGGUCUCUCAGGGCAAACUCUCCCUCUUCCUGGACAUCGUGGACGAGACGAAGGCGGCGGAGCAGCCGGUGGAAGACAUCAAGGUGCUCGGCAAGACGCUGCCCAUGGAGCUCCGCGUCAUCAUCUGGAACACUCUCGACACGGCGCCAAAGGACUCCUACACCAGCGACGUCUACAUCAGCUGCGAGCUGCUGGGCGUCGGGCAGCCCAAGAUGACGGACACGCACUACGGGGUGAAGGUGAAGGCGUACGGCAUGUUCAACUACCGCUUGAAGUGGAAGUGCAAGUUCCCUGAGAUGAACCUCGAGUACCUGAUGAGGAUUAGCGUGUGGGACGAGAACGCGCUGACCAGCCACAAGUCGAUCGCGGAGGGAGUCCUGCCCCUCAAGAAGCUCUUCAAGGACUGCUUCGAGCGGAACCAGGGGAAGACCUCUCCUGACGACAUGGAGUUUGUCUUCAUGACCCCGAGAGACAUGGGUCAGGAUACGGACGCAGACAAGCAGGUGCUGGUGGACGAGGAGAACUUCAAGUAUCCCUACAUCUGGUAUAAGAUGGUCCAUCCCAACUUCGGCUUCAACCGCGAGAAGAAUUCGCAAGCAAAACUCCAGCUGUCCAUCCAGGUGAUGCCACGUGCCAAGGCGCGCGCAAACCCAGCAGGACGCGCAAGGAAUGGUCCCUCCAAGCUCGCAGAGCCGGGUCGUCCUCCUCAGCCGGCUAACCCGAUCCUCGAGUCGGAGAAGUGCAAGGCAUACAUCGUGUAUAGGUUCCUUCUCUUGGAGGCCUUAGGGCUCGUGUGUCUCUGCUGCUGCCUUAUUUGUGGCCUCAUCCUCGCCGCCAUCGCCGGCAUCCAGAUGGCCUUCCCUGGUCUUCUCCCCAUCCCUGGCUGA